AUGCUACCUGCUGCUACAGUUACCGGCAUCAGCAGCAAUGAUGUCAUGACGGAUGGCGGGCAACGAAGGCAUCAAAUUGGAUCCAGUGGAUAUCUACUGCAAGCACAGCCCAGCAAUGUGACACGUAAUCUUGCACCGUCGCACGUCGACGCACCGUCGACGUCUUGA